CGUGAUCAAGAAUAUAAUAAAGAGUGUGAUCAAGAACAUGAUGAACGCGAUCAAGAGUGUAAUCAAGAACGUGAUCAAGAAUAUAAUAAAGAGUGUGAUCAAGAAUAUAAUAAAGAGUGUGAUCAAGAAUAUAAUAAAGAGUGUGAUCAAGAACGUGAUCAAGAACGCGAUCAAGAGUGUGAUCAAGAACGUGAUCAAAACGCGAUCAAGAACGCGAUCAAGAUGUGUGAUCAAGAACUUGAUCAAGAACGUGAUCAAGAGCAAUUCGGAAAAGUAGAUAAUAAAUUAACACGAGCACGUAAAAAUUUAGAGAUAG